GUCGGUAGAGGCAGAGGGAGGAAGUGGUCCUGACGCUGAGGUGGUGAGCAGCUAGCUCGUCGGUGCUCGUGGGCUUUGUUCGUUCGGUGCCUGUCUCUCCCUGGAAGGGGAGGGGGCUGCGUUGCCGAGCAGGAGCCGCCGCCACAGUCCCGAGCUUGAAGUCGCUAGGACUUCUCUCAAACUUGUGUGCUGAGGAGACUCAGAUGUUGGCCUCAGCUCCUAGGCUGAACUCAGCAGAUUGGCCCAUGAAAACUUCUGUAUUGAGACAAAGGAAAGGAUCUGUCAGAAAGCAACAUCUAUUAUCCUGGGCUUGGCAGCAAGGAAGAGGACAGGUAGCAGAAAUCCUGCAAUCUGAAAAGCAGACUGAAAGGUGACAAAGAAGCUGAAGAUGGGUGGUGGAGAGAGAUAUAACAUUCCAGCCCCUCAAUCUAGAAAUGUUAGUAAGAACCCACAACAACUUAACAGACAGAAGACCAAGGAUCAAAAUUCCCAGAUGAAGAUUGUUCAUAAGAAAAAAGAAAGAGGACAUACUUACAACACAUCAGCAGCUGCAUGGCAGGCCAUGCAAAAUGGGGGGAAGAACAAAAAUUUUCCAAAUAAUCAAAAUUGGAACUCUAGCUUAUCAAGUCCCAGCUUACUGUUUAAGUCUCAAACUAAUCAGAACUAUGCUGGAGCCAAAUUUAGUGAGCCACCAUCACCAAGUGUUCUUCCUAAACCACCAAGCCACUGGGUUCCUGUUUCCUUUAAUCCUUCUGAUAAGGAAAUAAUGACAUUUCAACUUAAAACCUUACUUAAAGUACAGGUAUAAAAUAAGAUAAAGUACUAAUGUUUAAAUUUAGUAAUAUUUAAGGGUAGUUGUCAACUGUUUCAUACCAAACUCAAUGCUAGUAAUUAAUCUCUGUGUAAAACUGCUAAUUAAUGUAGAAAAUAUAAUUAGACGUUAUCUUGUUUUGUGUUGCUGUGCACUGUGAUGUAAUGGUAGUAUCAGUGCCACUUAAAAUAACUAAAUUACUGAUAAUUGUACUUGGUAUCAAGUAUUCUCAAUUGAGUAACUCAAGUGAAAUCAAAGUUUAGGUUUAGGGAAUGGUAAAGGAAAUCAACUUUUUCUAUUGCUUGUUGGGAUAAAAGACUGAUUUAAGAUUAUCACUCAGAAGUCAGUAGAUUUACUUAUUGAAAGCUAGUGAAUGAUUAUAAGCAUCUAGUUAAGACAGGGAUUAAGAACUAGUUGGGUAUUUGAAAGUUUAAUAUCCUAGAAACACAUAAACCAGUAAUAAGCCAACAACCUGAUGCACUGCCAAAAGAAAAUGUGAAUUUUCCUUACAGAAUGGUUGCAGUUGAGUAAACUGAAUGGUGGUGAAUGUGGAAGGGGCACUAGGAGCUAUUUAGGAUGAGACAGUAUCUUCUAGUGGCCCCAUUUCUUGAUGUAAUGGAUAGGUGACUCUUAACAAAUGUGCCAAAACCACUUUUUAUAGAAACAGUAUUUGGUGGUCAGAGUAGUUUUCAAAAUACAUUUUUGUAUUAUAGCACUGCAUAGACUAUUCUGACAGUGAUCUGGCCUCAUCAUCCCUGCAAAGCUUGCUUAAAGUAGGGAGCUAUAUAAUGUGAAGGUUUUGAGUACUUAGGGAAGAAAGAGCCAUGUAAAUAUAUGUAAUAAAUUUGUAGCAUAUGUAAAGUUUUGGCAUUCAUCUUACAAAAAUAGAGUAUUUUAGUAUGAAUUCGCUGAAUGUAAGAUCAUGGACACUUUUUACACUAUGGCCUAAUUUUAAAGGUCCAAAAUAAUUUGUUUUUAAAGUCUGCCCUGUGCUUAAGUGCCAGUGUAUGUGUUAUAAUUGAUCUGGUUGUAAACUAUAUUUCAAAAUAAAUCAUAGUGUAAUAAGUUUUAUAUAAUUAUAACUGAAAAGGUUUAUAAAGCUGCUAAAACACUUCCUAUUUGUAAGAGAUAUGAAAUGCAGUACGGAACUAUUUUCAUUUUUAUUCCUUAUGCCCAAAGAUUAAUAACUCAAAGGGUCCAUCUAACCUUAAAAAUUCACAUUGAUUUUGAACAACUUGUAACCUAUGACAUGAAUAUAAUCAUGCCAGUGUUUUUUGGUCACCAGUAAGUGCAACCAGGGGACCACUUACACAAAAGAUGUGUGAUUUCUUACAUAAUUACCUUGAUAACAUGUUUUACCUACCUAAAAAUAAAUGCUAAGUAUAACGUUAACCCGAUAGAAAAUAAAAAUGUGAUGAAUCAAUUAAAAAUUCGAUUAAGUGCCCUGUUUUCUAAUUUGGCAGCUUUUUUGAUAUUUUUAGGCAGAAUGGCCAAGUUGUAUUUCUCCACAUAAAUUAAGGUGAACUGACGUUGCCCAACUCAAUUAUAUCCCAAAGACAAGUUUAUGUAGUACUUAAUGUGCAUAUACGAAUUUGAAGCAUGAAAUUAAAAUAAAACUACUUUUUCUCCCCA